UUUUUUGGUGAUCUUGAAUCUGUCAUCUCUUACGAGGGCUGCGAUCAUAAAUCCUCUACUGUGGACCCAUUUCUUGAUCUUUCUCUUGACCUAGUGCCAAAUAUUGCUAAGCUGAACUCCACUUCCGGAAGUCUGUCAAACAACUGUACCCUCCAGCCCAUUGUACGGCUCACCAGCCAUACUCAGGUUGCAUCAGUCGCAUCACCUUCAUCUACUUCAACUUCUCUAUCUUUAGCCCUUUCUCAUUCAGUUGCUUCCCCAAGAAGUGGGCCAGAACCACAUAAUUUGAAUCAGAAUUUAUCUCGACUAUACACCGAAUCAGUUGGCUCUACAACUAUGUCUUGCUCCGAAAACUUAAGUCAGUCACUUGUCUUCUCCAGCCCUCAGAAUGUCGUUACCACCUCAAGCGGCCUAGUUAUGAGUGGAGGGACUGUCCUGAACACUUCGGGUAAGACCAGCUUAUCUGCGUGUCUUGCGGCAUACUUUCAGCCUGAGUUGAUUGACGGCUUGAUUCUCUGCUCACACUGCAAGAUUGGUCGACCAGCUGUAAAGCAAUUCAGUUUACUCCAUCUGCCGAACGUGCUCUGCUUUUAUUUAAAGCAACGCUGCCACCAUGACACUAAAAUCAACAUUUCCAUCAACUUCCCAGCAGAACUAGAUUUGGCUCCUUUUCUCUCACAAGUUGAUGGGGAUCGUUCUGCAUGGCAAGACAGGUAA